AUGAAACAUUUCGUCAAAAACAAAAUUAUGGGCCAUUUCCGAAGCUCAGAGCAGCACAGAAAAGAUGCGGCUCAGGGCAGCCAAACAGAUCAGGCCGAAGUGUGUCCACAGCCACGUCCUGCUGCCCAAAGAUCGUGUCCUGGCAGCUUGAAUGUACCCGAGAAUAUGUACGUGCUGAAGAACUGCGAUCGAUGUCAGGACUACAAGGUGCAGCCCUGCAAUUGGAAUUGCAAGUGUCGCUCAAGAGGAACUCACUGCACAGGUCAUUGCGACAUUUCGUAUCAGGAUAAAUCGCCAACGAAUUCCCAGGAGAGCAUUCCAGAGGCGGUGACACCAAGGACCAAGUCGCCUGAAUCCUCAAAGUCCCAACUUGACCUUGCCUCACAGCGGCGAGUGGGCGGCAACUGUGCCAUAUGCCAGUUUUGUGGCCAGGAGGAGAUUCGCCAGCCAGGUCAGAAUAUGUGUCCGCAGUGCAAUGAGAAGAUCCAGGCAGCCGUGGACAACUACCAUGUGCAGUGCCACGGACAAUGCCAACCGAUAGCGGGGCAACCGUGUCCCUUUCAACAGGAUCACCAGCACUCGCAGCCACAAUAUCAGCCAACUGGUCAGUGGCAACAGUUGAGUGGGAAUCCAUAUGAACAUGGUCAGCAGCAUCAGCCAACUGGUCAGUGGCAUCAGCUAAGUGGAAAUCCGUAUGAAAACAGUCAGCAGCAACCGGGCGAUCAGCCCUUCAACAUAAUUGUGCUGCAGGAUUGCAACAAUCACUCGCUGAUCGAUCAGCUAACUGCUGCCAUUAGUCGCGGUGGUGGUCAAGUGCAUGUACCCACGGAGGCGCAUAACACCUAUCCCAACAACCAUUCCAGUAACUAUCAAAGCAACCCACUAGCUGGCUACAUAGACUACGAGUACGUGGACCCGAAUCGCAAGGAAUAUGCUUACGAGCCGGAAAGGGAAGAUCGCUACGACUACGGAUAUGAUGUGGGUCCUUGGCGGCGGGAUUCCUUCUACCAAAGAGAUGGCUACGAAGACGACGGGUAUCAGAACUACGCACCAUGCAACAGCUACGAUUGUCCCUCCAAGCACAAUCAAAGUCCCGAUUACUCGACUCAAACUAGAAACCAGUCAUCCGAUUAUGGCCAAUCCCAGAGUUGCACCUGCAACUGUCAAUUUUGCAGGAAGGCCUUUGAGAGCAAGGAUAAGCUGGCUCUGCUUAUAGCCGAGGCACUGGAGAUCUUCAUCAGUCAUAAUAGAACCAAGGCGGAAAAGGUGAAUCACCACGAGCAGAGUCACAAGAAUGAGUCGGUCAAAAAUGCAGAUCCAAAGACUAAAGCAAAGAAAAAGAGGGCUAGAAAAGCUGUGAGUUCGGAGCCUGGUGAAAUGACUCCACCAAAGUCCAAGCAGGAAAGUCCAGAAACUCCAAAGUCCAACAAGGAAAGUCAAUUGGGAUCCGCAAAGAGUAGUAAAGGAAAGAUUAGCUCGCAAUCCACGCCAAGUAGCAAAACGAUAUCCAUGCAAAGUUCCGGUCCCAAAAUUGCCAAAUAUUUGGGCAACCCAGGCAAGGUGCCAUCAAACCAAAACGAUUCCAGCCACGAUGCAGAUAGUGUGGAUUCCCAAAACAAAACGCCUUCGUUUUUCCUGCCCAACUGCGAGGAGCAUCGCUGCAAGCACGAUUGCACAGGGAUGUGUUCGCGAAAGCCGCAUGAUUGUGAACGAGGUUGCAAGUCCAGAUGCCGCGGUCCCUGCUCCAAGUCAGGCGGCGGAGAUGGACGUAGUCGCCGGAAGGCAUCCGGAAAGCGACAGCGAACCAAUCAAAGACACUCCCGUUGCCAGCAGUGCAACCAGGCUGGUGGUCGCCAGUGGCAGGAAGUGGACGCCAACGAUUGUCCAGCAGGCAUAGCAAAGAGCAACAAUCGAAAUGCUGGAGGCAGUGGCAUUGGCAAGAACGCCCUCUUGGGACUCAGUCCCAUUGCCCACUAUCGACCCGGAAUGCUGCAGUUUCCCGUGAAUUACCUGCUGGCGGGCACCAACUUCCGGCGCCGACUCGUUCGCACCGCCGCCGGCGUAACGCUGCACCAGAAACCCUACGUGGACAAGGCCGAUGCCAAGGAUCUGCCCAGCUUUCCCAGCUGCAAGAGGAGGAGCAGCAGUCCAGCAGCAGAGUGUCGAGCGCCCGUUAGAAAGUGGCUCUGAGCUGCGGAACGCGUCGCCGAAAUAUAUGCAUUGUUGAGCACCGAAGGACCUAGAGGGUAUCCUUCGGUCCAUACAGUGCAUACGCUCGCGCAGUCGCGUGGUGGCUUAUAGUUUUCUUUAUCCAAAUUCCCAAGUAUUUCCCAAGCAAUAAACCGGCUAACCAACCAA